GAAAGGUAUUUUUAUACAAUGGAAUACAAGAAGGUCAAAAUUUGGUAAAAUAUAUAUACAGUAUACAAGAAUUAAAUGAUUGAAUUACAGAACUACAGAACAAUGAACAAGUAAUUAAUAUAUGUUAUGACAUUUUUAGGAAAGGGAUUCAACCAAAAUUUUUCACUGAGAAUAAUAUUAUGGUCACUUUUGUCAUAAUGGAUACGUGUCAAUGAUGAUCAUGAUAUAUUCAACAUUUCUUUUAUUAUUAACACCACGAGCGAAGUAAAGAAAAAAAAAUGAAUAACAUUAAAGUAAAAAAGCUGAAGAUGAUGAUCUGUACCUGUGCUCCCCAAAAAUUGUUGCCAACAUAUCUCAUGUUCCAUUGUUGAUAAUGAGUAAUUCAUCUAGCUCAUAAUGUACAAUUAGUUAAUUAAUGUCAUUAAGCCAACAAACUUCAACACGCUUAUAGGUUUACUACUGUUUAUUUCCCAAUAGGAGGUAUAUCAGUGCCCUAAUUAGUGCGACCUGAAUUUCACACUCAAACAGGUAGAUUUCCUGGGGACGUAUACACAUAAUGUUGAACUGCAAGAAAGAAGAUCCUAAAUCGAUACAGUUGGACACCUAAGCACAAUAUAUACAGCAUCGACCAUAGAGAAGGAAAACAUUUUCAUGGUGAUGACGGCAGUAUCAAUUAAUAUGCAGCUUGGUAACAAUUAACAUUUCUGGAUGAAUAAUUCACCAUAAAGUCCGCAGUCAAGCUUAAGUGCACAAAGAAACCAGCAUAUUGUCAAGUCAAAUAAAGACAGAACCCAGCAAAAUUCCACUUCUUCAGAGCAGCUUCGAUAUAUACAACAUUUCAACUUGAACUAAACAGACAAUAUUAAGGAUCAAUUCAAUGGCUACCAGUGAGCUGAAUCAGUUUCUGGAAAAUGUUGAUGAGAAGGUCCUAGAGUGUACCAUAUGCUUCAAGAGACUUCAAAAUCCUAAAUCUCUCAGUUGCCUCCAUAGUUUCUGUUUGGCAUGUCUGCAAGAUUGGGUUAAGGCGAAGGGUAAGCUGAUUUGCCCAACCUGCUCAAAAUCACAUCCCAUACCAGAGGGUGGGCUUCAGAAGCUUCCACCAAAUACUUUUCUGAAUAACUUAUUAGAAACUAUUCAACAAUUUUCAGAAAAAGAUGGGAUGGAAUGUGCUUGCAAAAAAGGAGAAGCAGCAUUAUAUUACUGCCAGGAUUGCAGACAGUACUUGUGCUCUACUUGUAUUGACCAUCAUAAAGAUUUUCGACUCUUUGAAAAUCACAAGCUUCAUUCAGUGGAGUAUAUGCAAUCAAUGAGCCCCAUACAGAAAGCUUCCUUACAUCCACCACAGUGUUUGCUUCACAAUAAACCCUUUGAAUUUUACUGUGUAAAUUGUACAAUUCCAAUCUGUGUUAAUUGUACAAUUAUGAACCACAAGGAAUGGGAAGGAAAACACAAACCAAUCAGCAUUUCAGAAGCAUUCAAAACAUUUAAAAACACUUUUGCAACUUUGGAGAAAGAUGCCUCUGGGUACGAAAAAAAAUUACAAGAUAGCCUGAAAGCUGUUAUUCAGAAUUCUAUAAAAUUAAAACAAAGUAAAGAAACAAGUUUGAGAGAUAUUGAUAAUCAUGUAAAAGAAAUUGUUAAAAUAAUCAGUGAGAAUGGAGAUAAACUGAAAAAUAAAGUAGAAACAAUCUACACAAAGAAAAUGAAGGAAAAUGAUGUACAAAUGGAUGAAUUGAAAACAGCAAUAUCUGACAUAAAUACAAAACUGUCUUUUCUUAAUCAGUUAUUGAAAAGUGAUGAAGCAACAGCAAUGCAGUCAAGUGAAAGAGUAAUUACAGCACUGAAGGACAGAAUCAAUGAAUUACCAAAAACAGUGCCAGAUGACAAUGGAAAAAUUAAGUUUUUCAAAAAGAAUAUUGCUACAUUGCAAGACUAUAGCAUUGGAUAUGUAAAAGAAAUGAAGGCAGCAAAUUGUCUUAUUUUAUUAAAGGAAGAGGAAUUUGUAACCGAAGAUCAAACAAUUGUUGUCAAAAUAAUCAAAACAGAUGAAUGUGAAAUACAUGCCAAUCAACUGAAGGCAACAUGGACACAGCCUACAGGAAAAACCAUCAUUACUCAAAUUCAUAAAGAUAACAAUGGAGAUUAUUUUGUGACAGGAAAAUGUACAAAUCCAGUUGUUUGUAAACUAGAUGUGAGUGCUGAUGGUACAUCAAUCAAGCAAUCACCAAUGAUAAUUAAAGUACAAAAAAGAUUAGUAAAUACCAUUCAAAUAAACCAUAUAAAUAUUAGAGAUCUAGUUAAGUCUGAAGAUGACUGCUUGCUGGUUUCAUGUUUGACAAAUGAAAUACUCAAGUACAAGCAAUCAGGAGAAUAUAUUGGUAAGAUUACACUGCCACAAUGUGUGAAAGUUAACAGAAUGUACAAAAUGAAGAAUGGUAACAUAGUGUUCAGUGAUUGCGGUGAUAAAUGCGUCAAGGUAUGCAAUAUGAAUGGAAUGGUGAUCAAAUCAAUUGGUCAGCAAGUAUUGCAAGAGCCAACAGGUAUCCAUGUGGAUGAGUCAUCAAAAGUUGUGUAUGUAUCAGAUAUUGAUGGUCUCUUUGGUCCAGACAAUGUGUUCAUAUUUGAAAUUUAUUGUGGCUGUAUGAUCAGGAAGAUAGAACCAUUAGCCAACCAAGGAGGUGAAUUGUAUGGCAUUAUUGAUGUUACCUUUACAAAUCAAAGAGACCUUCUUGUAUUAGAAUAUAAUAACAGCAGAUUGCAACUAUUUGAUAAUGAGGGAAGGUUCAUGAAAGUCCUUGUGAAAGCAGGUUAUGAAAAUGAUAUGCUCAGGAAUCCACGUGGAGUAGUAGUUGAUAAGGAUGACAACAUCAUUAUAUCAAGUAACCAAAAACUACAGUUAUUUAGUAGAGAUGGAAAUUUCAUAAAAAGAAUUGAUAAACCAGAAGACGAAAUAAAAACUCCAUGGGGAUUAUGCAUCAUAUCAUAUCAUCCACGGAGAGUUGCCGUAGUAAAUAAAGGUAACAAAAGUAUUAAAAUAUUCAAUUAUUAAAGUAAUUGAGAAUCUGCUG